AUGGACAAAGUCAUCAGGAGGGCCGCAACGGCCCGAAAGCAAGCCCAAGCGAAAGCUUUCCGCCAGCAGAAGACCACCGAAUUGGUCGAUCGCCAACAAGUUCUGCGGGUACGGAAGGACUACAACAAGGCCCUGGUCACCAACUUGAAGGAAUCACGAAAGGCCCGCUGGGAGGAUUGGCAAAAGGGAGCUCUUGCUCCAAUGCGACACGUCGGCCUCGAUGCCACUUCAUACGGUUCGGUGGAUGUUGCCAUGAUGCACCCCCCGGCCAUCCCUAAACACCUGCGCCGCAAGGCGAUCCUGUUCGCUGAAGGAGACCGAGUUUGUGUCAUUCGCGGUCGUAAUAAGGGUCAGAUCAAUGAGAUCACUCAGGUCAACCACGAGAGUGAGACUGUCAUCGUCAAGGAUGUCAAUGUCGCCGAUAUCCACGUUCCUGAAUGGGCCAAAAAAUCCAUGAACAUCCAAAGCGAUACUAUGCCUCAGCCUUUGCCCAUCUCCAUCGAUAACGUUCGACAUGUCAUCGCCCUUGACGUGAACAACACCACCAAAGACCAUAUCGUACAGCACGCCUACGCUGCAGGCCCAUACAUGGAACGAUCGUCCGACAGCAAACUUCCACGAUUCUCUCGCUAUGUAUCUGGAUUAGAUAUUGAAAUUCCCUGGCCUACUGAGCCCGAGCCACAGUUCGACGUUGGAGAGUUUGAUACCCGAGGAAACGAAGUUUCAAAAGUGUCUUGGAUUCCCUCAUUGGAUGCGCCACCUUUCCCUUCCACAGUUAUUGACGAAUUGCGCAACAAAUUCUCCCGCUUCCGUACACGUCAUGACGAGGAAUACGUGAAGAAGAUGGUCAUGGAGGAAUACCGACAGGAGUACCUGAAGAGCCAGACUCUCUUGACUCCCAAGGGAGAGAUCAAGCAGGCGAAGGCCUUGCGAAGUGCCGCCACCAAGGCACAGGCGUUGGACAGCAAUGGGAAUGUCAAGAUGGAGAAGGCGACAGCCAAAUUCAUCGACGAUUUCAUGAAAAUGCAAUUGAACCAAGCGCAGCCAGUGUCAGACAAGGCUCCCAAGGCUUCCAAGGCCCGCCAGACUCGCAAGACUCGCAAGACUCCUGAGGCUCAAGUAACCGCUUGA